AUGGCUGGUUCUGGUUCUAACGUGAAUAUUCUGUAUUUAUCUCUUUAUAUUUUAUUAUCAUGUGUUUACUUUAACUUGGCUUCGGAGAUAAGUUUUGUAACCUGUGGCUCGGUGGUGAAGCUGCUCAACGUGAAACACAAUGUUAGAUUACAUUCACACGAUGUUCGUUACGGAUCCGGCAGUGGGCAGCAGUCAGUUACUGGAGUUACGACAGUAGAGGACAGCAGCAGUUACUGGAGUGUGCGUGGCACCAGUGGGGCAGUUUGUCACCGAGGGACUCCGGUCAAAUGUGGCCAGAACAUCAGGCUCACUCAUGUAAACACAGGGAGAAAUCUGCAUAGCCACUACUUUUCAUCUCCACUGUCAUCCAAUCAGGAAGUCAGUGCAUUUGGAGAGGAAGGUGAGGGCGACCACCUAGAUGAGUGGACUGUACUUUGUUCUGGAUCUCUAUGGGAGCGUGACGAGUCAGUGCGUUUUCGCCACACUGCUACAGACGCGCUGCUCUCAGUGACGGGAGAACAGUACGGCAGACCCAUCCAUGGCCAGAGAGAAGUACAUGCCAUGAGCGGCAGCAGCCAGCACAGCUACUGGAGAGCCAUGGAGGGUGUAUUUAUGAAACCUAGUGAUAUUGUCACCAAAGACUUUAGUGGACCAACACACACAGAGUUCUAACUGUUUUCUCUUCAGCAGGCAGUAUUAAUGACAACACAGCUGUUUAUGUUUUAUUUCUGUUACAGAAAUUACAAUCUCAUUUAUUUUAUACCUCGUACAAGAAAGAUUACAAAGACAGUGCAAUGAUGAACAGAACUCACUGAGUGUGUUUACAUGCACACUAACAUUUGGAUCGUCAGAUUCAUUUAAUUAUUAAAGUGCUCAGUUAAGCAUUAAACAAUGAUUGUUUUAGAUUUUAAGAACUCAAACACCAGGAUUUGAGCUCAUAAUAUGGUACACAAUUCAAGAAAACACUGGGUACAGGGCAAAAAUACAUCCUUGACUGCACUAAUUAAUCAUAGGUCAACACACAUUCACUCACUCACUCACUCAUAGGUGCAAUUGGCAAAAUCACUUCACUUCCUUUCAAAAUAAGGUAAAAGUAAGUCAGAGUACCUGGGAGAAACUCCACAAGCUAUGCCAGCUUGCCACCCUUAUUUACGUGGGAGCAUCCUAAACCACAUACUAAGAAUCAUCUCAAAAUAGUAACACCACCAUUGUUGGUGUACUAUUUCAUGCGGUAGGUGUUUAGGAUGUAGCUCUUCUGUUAUUUAUUAAGAACAUGAAGUGUGGCAGAGGAUUAGAUGAUUUGCACUUUUUAAAACAACAACUUCUAAUGGUUUACCUGUAAAGUGAAUUAAGAGUGGGCUAAUGCGUCCGACAAGUUAGAGCAUAUUAUAGGUUGAACAAAAAGGUGCUUGAACUGUAAGUUAAUAAAUGCACAAAGUAUCAUAUCCAUAUCCAUAUCCAGUACCAUUUGCUUAAAUGUAAUAAUUAAUACACACCUAAUUUAUGAAUCUCCCAACUUAUUUAAUGAUUCUUUUCAGGUGAGUGAGGGCUCUUAUAGGCAUGUAAUUUUCAUGUUGCCAAACUGUAGAUUGUAUGUUUAUGUUGUAAGCAACAUAAGUCUCAAAGUUUUUUUUGUCACUAGUGAAGCAAAUUUUUUUGUUAUCAUAUGUCUCAUGUCUGAAUGACUACAUUUAGACUGACUGUUAAUUGUUUUAUUUUAAUUUGUGGAUAAAUUACUCCUUUCAUACACUAGAAACAUUACAGAAUUGCUGCCUUACAUAAACACUGCAGUGUACAGUAAAGCUGUCUGGGUCAUCAUGCCUUUAUUUAUUAAAUGCAACGACUUUGUGCAACAUCCUUAUCAGUAUUAUUUUUUGGGAUCGUAACACAGACAAAAUAGAUCUGAGCUUUGGUACAUUAAUGGUAACCUUGAGCUCAUUUUACCAAAAUGUAACAAAUAAGGGAUAAAUCAUGAGCAGAUGUGUUUAAUGAUUCAGUUCAGAUAUGAAUUCAGUAGUGAAAAUGGAUUUUUGAGACACACACUACAUUAAUAUACUUUUAUGGUAUUCAGAUAAUUUACAAACCUGAACAGUGUUUGUUGGUAGAUGUUACAUAAUCAUUUCUUACAGUAAAUAAAUUAACAUUAUGAAGUUCAAAUGCUGUAAGAUACUCAAACACUUUUAACCAAAUCAGUUAUUAUGUUGCUGCAAUUAAAACAUGUGUUAUAGAAAGAUAUUUUAGGUAAAUAAAAAAACCAAAACAAUUAGUUCGCUUCGGGAGGGAACACAUUAAAUAUCUGCUCUCUGUUUAUAUCAGUGAACAACACUUCAUUAAACGUUUAACUCUACAACAUACAUUUUUCAAAUCAGAUCUCAUUAAGGGUUUACUUUUCUGUUUUACAGAUGUUUCCUGUUCCAAGUUACAUAUUCCUGUACUAAAACCACAUGCACAGUGUUUAUCUACAACAGUUUGGUGUACCUUUGUAUUUUUGUAUACAUUGUUAUAA